AUGUCCAGCGGCGGAAACCUUCCCCAAGACAUCAAAGAUAUAGUCUCUCGACUACCCGUCAAAUCUCUUCACCGCUUCAAGUGUACAUCUUUCUCGUGGAAAUCCCAAAUCUCUGACCCCCAAUUCGCCAAAACCCACCUCAAUCGAACCAAGAUCAAAAACUCUAAAUAUGCUGAACAGAAAAUUAUUAUCAUUUCGGGCUGUGGCAAUCUCUACUCGAUGGAUCCCAACGACCUAGUUUCCCGUAGUGAUAAAUCCAUAUUCUUGUUGAAUCCAUCCACUAGAGAAUGCACGAAACUGCCCAUAUGCCCAUUUGUCCAAAGGGAUUAUUGGAAUAAUUGUGUAUUGCUGGAUAAGUAUGGUGUGGGUUACGACUCAACGACUGAUGAUUACAAGGUACUUUGGAUGCUCUCAUACUUUGAUGAAGAGGGCGUAAUUGAUGACUUUGCGAUCGUGGCUGUCUAUUCACUAAAAACUAAUGCUUGGAGGAGAGUUGAAGAUUUUCAGUCUCGGUGUGUUGAGGGAAACUCUGGUGGGAGAAGUGCCGCGCCCGGCUUUUCUUUUUAUCCUAUCUUUGACUUGCAGAACUUUGAUACGUAUGGAAUCAAAUUACGUAAAAGAAAGAAGGAGGGAUUUAGGCAUAUUCCCAUGUUUGUUGUUCGUAGAGCUGUAUAUUAG